AUGGGAGUACCGAAAUUUUACCGAUGGAUUUCAGAGCGAUAUCCUUGCCUCAGUGAAGUUGUCAAGGAACAUCAGAUUCCAGAAUUUGACAAUCUUUAUCUGGACAUGAAUGGGAUUAUCCAUCAGUGUUCCCACCCGAACGACGAGGAUGUCCACUUUCGCAUUUCUGAGGAAAAGAUUUUUGCUGACAUCUUCCAUUACCUGGAAGUGCUCUUCAGGAUCAUCAAGCCUCGCAAGGUGUUCUUCAUGGCGGUGGAUGGCGUGGCACCAAGGGCAAAGAUGAACCAGCAGAGAGGACGGAGAUUCAGGUCCGCCAAAGAAGCAGAGGACAAGAUAAAAAAAGCUCUGGAUAAAGGAGAGGUGCUUCCCACAGAGGCUCGCUUCGACUCCAACUGUAUCACUCCUGGCACUGACUUCAUGGCAAGACUCCAGGAGCAGCUCAAGUAUUUUGUCCACAACAAGCUAUCCACCGACAAACUAUGGCAGAAUGUCAACGUCUACCUGUCUGGCCAUGAGACUCCAGGGGAGGGAGAGCAUAAGAUCAUGGAGUUUAUUCGCUCUGAGAACCGCAAGCCAAAUCAUGACCCCAACACCCGACACUGCCUAUAUGGCCUGGAUGCUGACCUGAUCAUGUUGGGUUUGACCAGCCAUGAGCCAAAUUUCUCCCUGCUCAGAGAAGAGGUCCGCUUUGGAGGAAAGAAAAACCAGAAAAGGAUAACUGCUCCAGAGGAGACAACUUUUCACUUACUUCACUUGUCUCUGAUGAGGGAGUACAUAGACUAUGAGUUCUCUGGGCUCAGGAAUCAGAUUGGUUCUCAUUAUGACUUGGAGCGGAUAAUAGACGACUGGAUUCUAAUGGGCUUCCUGGUGGGAAACGAUUUCAUCCCUCACCUCCCUCAUCUUCACAUCAGUCAUGAUGCCCUGCCGUUGCUGUACAAGACCUACAUCAGUGCUCUGCCCACAAUGGGGGGUUAUCUGAAUGAGAAUGGCCACCUGAACCUCAGAAACUUUGAAAAAUACAUGGAGAAGCUUGCUGAGUUCGACCGCGAACAUUUUAGUGAGGUCUUUGUGGACUUGAAGUGGUUUGAGAGUAAAGUUGGUAACAAGUACCUGAAUGAAGCGGCCGGAUUGGCAGCAGAAGAGGAAGCUGCCAGCAAAGACAUCAACAAGAAUGAGGAUUCUACCUCAUCACUUAGAGAUGGAAGAGGAGCAGUUGGCGACGACGAGGAAGAAGAGGAUAUGUUUGAAACAGAGUUCAGACAGUACAAGCGCACCUACUAUAUGACCAAGAUGGGCGUGGAUGUGGUGUCUGAUGAUUUUCUAGCCAAGCAGGCCAAGUGUUACGUGGAAGGUAUCCAGUGGAUUCUCCACUACUAUUACCACGGCGUCCAGUCCUGGAGCUGGUACUACCCCUACCACUACGCUCCCUUCCUGUCUGACAUCAGGAAAAUUGCAGGGUUAAAGUUGACCUUUGACCUUGAGAAACCCUUCAUGCCCUUCCAGCAGCUGUUGGCGGUCCUGCCCGCUGCCAGCAUGGAUCUGCUGCCUGAGAGUUACAGGCACCUGAUGACCAGUGAAGACUCGCCCAUUAUUGAGUACUACCCACUUGACUUUAAAACGGACCUCAAUGGCAAGCAGCAGGAAUGGGAGGCUGUGGUUCUCAUCCCCUUCAUAGAUGAGAGGUGCUUACUGGCAGCGAUGGAUCCCUAUAACCACAAGAUGACUAAAGAAGAGAAGGACAGGAAUCGUCACACAGAGUGUGCAGUCUACUCAUAUGACCACCAAGUAGACUUCACAUUCAUCUCGAGCCUGCCUCAGCUGUUCCCCGACAUCAUCCACUGCUAUGUCAGGAAAGCAAACAUCCCGAUGGAUACUUGGCAAGUACCAUUGGACCACGUCAGCAAACGCACCGACCGCUCGGCUCUGUACUUCUGUGGCUUCCCCACACUGCAACACAUCAAACACAAGUUUUUCAAAAAGAAGAGUGGAGUGGUUGUGUUCCAGCAGAGCAGCAGAGGGGAGAACAUGAUGCUGGAUAUCCUCCCCAGCCAGGAAGGAGACGCGGUAUGCGAUGAUGUUGCUGCAAAAGUACUGGGGAAGUCGGUGUUUGUCAAUUGGCCGCAUCUAGAGGAAGCUCGCAUCAUUUCAGUGUCGGAUGGAGACCUCAAGUUUUGUCUAGAGGAAUCGCCGGGUGUCCAAAGACUGUAUGACAGGCCCUCCACUCCUCCUCCCACCAAAGUCAACUGCCUGUCUGACAAGGAGCAGAAGGACUGGGUGAAGGAUGUGCAGGGACUCACUGAAUAUUUCUUGAAGAGGAAAGGCAUCAUGGUGAAUGAGACAUCGGUGGUCUUGUACGGCCAGACGCUGACGGGAAGGAAAUACGUCCCCAAAGCCAACGGGGUGGUGGAACUUGAGAAACAGUGGGCCAAGCAGGUCCUCCCUUUCGCCUACCAGACCGUGGUUAAGGACAUCGAGGCCUUUUGCUCAUUUCUGACCUGCUUUAAGAGCUUAGACGAGCUCUUCCCUCCAGCAACCAACGUGUUCAUGGUGGGGAACCCGUACUACGGUGCCAUGGGCGAGGUGCAAGACUCGAGUGAUGUCAUUAAAGAAGGCCGGGUACGAGUGGUCUUCAACGUGCCGCACGAACCACAGCUGGAGCCCUUAAUCCAGAAUCAGCAUAAGUACUGUGUGAAGUACAGUCCCGGAUACUUUCUGGCAUCUCGCAUCGGCAUCACCAGCUACCUUGUCUCCCGCUUCUCGGGAAGCAUCUUUGUUGGCAGAGGCUCUAAGAGGAAUCCCUGUGGGGAGCAAAAAGCUAACAUUGGGCUGAACCUGAAGUUCAACAAGAAGAAUGAGGAGGUCCCUGGAUACACCAAGAGAACUGAAAAGGAGUGGCUCUACUCUGCUGCUGUGGAGGAAUUGCUGGCCGAAUACCUGGACAGGUUUUCGGAGGUAUUCAACUUAGUGUCCAGAAACAGUCAUGACGAUGUUUUCUAUGAAGAUGACAUCUGGCCUGGAGAGGACCAGAAUGGGGCGGAGAGGGUUGCUGAAAUCACGUCAUGGUUGAAAGGUCACCCAGUGAGCUCCAUCGGCAGGACGUCCUGUGACCUCCAGGUGCUGGACUCUGCCAUCGUGGAGAGGAUCGAGGAGGCAGUAGAGAAAACCAAGGUGAAGAAGAGCACCAAGAAAGUCCGUGUGACAGUGAAGCCUCAUCUCCUCUUCAGGCCCCUGGAGCAGCAUCAGGGUGUGGUUCCAGACCCGGAUUCAGAGUAUCGCCUGUUUGACAGAGUCAUCAACACCAGGGAGAGCUUCUCCGUCCCACUGGGACUCAGAGGAACGAUCAUCGGCAUUAAAGGAGCGGAGCGCGAGGCAGAGGUUCUCUACGAGGUGCUUUUCGAUGAUGAAUUCGCUGGAGGUCUCAACAUCAGAUGCACAUCACCUCGUGGUUACCGCCUCCCUCCCUGCGCUCUCAUUAACUUUUCCCACGGAGCGCGAGCGGAUCAGUCCUCUCACAAACUCACCGCCAUCGUCAAACCUCAGCCCGCCACAGCAGCAAACUUCAACUCUCACCGCCAGAUGUCCGGCUUGAACCACUCGCCGAGGUCGCCCUUUAUACCCACACAGCAUAACAAUAAACACGGUGUGGUGAAAGCAGCCUCCCAGGGCAGCAGGAACUCUCCCUCUAAGGGUCCAAUGCAGAAACAACAGGCCAAGGAGUACAACAAUGUGUGGCAGACUCUGCAGAACUCUGGUCCUCCUGUCCAACCUCCUGCUCACUGGCACAAUGAAGGACUUUCCCAACAGGGGAAGAACCAGCACUCCAACAAAGCUGCCCCAGUUGGUGGCAUCAGACUGUUGAAGAAAAAUGAAGACGCCAACUCACUUUUCCCCCCACAGAACACAGCCAAUAAGACUACGACUGAGUUCGAGGACCUGAUAGCCAGUCUUCAGAUCUCCAAGGGCAGCCAGCAGACUCCACCCCCUCCUGCUCCCCCACAAGCACCCGUCAGCCAGUCGGAUGGCCCGCUGUCUCCGCAGUCCUUCGCCAUGAAGGGAACCCUGAUGCUGAAGGAGAUGCUAAAGAUUGACGGCGCUGGAACAGGAAGUCCCUCUCCUCAGGAGGCAGCCGGUGGCCAGCAGCAGAACAGGAGACGAUCGUCAAAGAAACUCGCAGCAAAUAUGAACAUCCCCCACAGUGACGCAACUGUAAUGGCUUCUCCUGCAUUGGCCGGCACUGCCAACCUCUCCAACGCCGUGCUGACCAGUAAGGUGUCAGAGUUGGCGUGUGUCUGUGUGGGGUUAGGAAUGGCACCACCCGAUUUCAGCUACAUAAGCAACGGACAGACUGUAGUGUGUCAGGUGAAGCUGUCCAAUGGGUUGAUGGUUCACGGUCCUCAGUGCCAAUCAGAAAAUGAUGCCAAGGAGAAAGCUGCCUUCUUUGCCCUCCAAAGACUGAACUCAGUGGGCUCAGGCUUCCCCCUCCCGCCUGCUCUAUACCCAGGAGUGGGUCAGAUACGACCCCCACCCUUAGGAGCCAUGACCCCCAUCUUCAGCCAACAAGGCGGUAUGCUGCUGCCUCCCCAGGGUUACGGCCCCGCCCCCAUGUGGGGGAUGCCGCUGCCUCCUCACCACCUCCAAAACCAGCCCUUCUUCGGAGCUCCAGGAACCUUCCCUGGUGCCCCCCGCCCCCAGCCGGCUACAACACUGCCCAUAGGCUCACACAACCAGUUUAUUCCGCUACAGGUGACUAAGAAGCGAGUCUCAGCCAACAAGAAGAACCAGGAUACGCGAGAGUUUUACAGCGCCGCCCACACUGUGUCCAGGAACCAAUCGCAAAGAGUCCAGAACCAGCCCUUUGGCGAUUCACUCGCUCAUGGCGAACCCCAGGGCGGUAAAGCCGACCAGCCGCACCAAUAUGCUGCCAACAGCCACCCUUCCUCGUCCAGUCCUGGUCUAGUAGAUGCCAUUUCCGCGGCGACAGCAGCACCGCACACACCCCCUCGACAAAACAUCCCGUCGACAGGCCACACCCCCGGCUCCUCCUCCAAGAGAAAGCACAGAAAGCUGGCUGUCAACUUCGAGGCGGCUAAAGUCUCCGAGUGAUGAGCUUGUGUGUGUGUGUGUGUGUGUGUGUGUGUGUGUGUGUGUGUGUGUGGGAGAGGGGUGUGUCUGCUGUUUUUAAGCUGCUGUUUUAAAGCCUGACUCAGCAUCUCUGAUCAAAACCUCAUCACUGUGAACGUUUUUUUCACUCAACAAUUUUUAUGUCGGUAACACUUUCUAGGUGCUCAUGUCUAUAAUGCAAUUGAUAAUUACACUUAUAAGAAUUAAUGAAUAUUCAUAAUGCAAAAUAUAAUAUAUCCUUGGAAAAAAAGCUGUUUUAUUUUCAUAAAACAUAACUAAAAUAAACUUUUAUGUUAUUAUAAAAUGCUUGAAUAUUUCUAAGUGCUUAUAAAUACAACUAUACGGUGCAAUAUGCAGAUUAUAAUGCAUUAUAAUUUGCAUACAGCACUGUAUAAAUGUGUAUCACAUUAUAGACAUGAGCAUCAUAGAAAGUGCAACCUUUAUGUCUUAUGUUGUGCACAAACUAAAUUAUUCCCACUUUUAAUUCAACACAACAUAAAAAAAUCUCAUAACGGAGUUUUGUCAGUGUAACCUGGGUAUUGUAGUUCUACGUACCCUCUGAGACAUCGCCUUCUUAAGCUUGUUUGUGGCCAAUCCACAGCUGUUUGUUUCUUCUUCUUUGGGUCUAAAAGAGGUUGAUGUCACGGACGGAUUCCUCCUCUUAGCAGAAUUCAUUGAAGUCUUUAUUUCUUUGAAUCCGAACAUUAGUGCUCUAUUCAGCAUACUUAAAGGAAUACUACGUUUAUUACAGCUUGCGUUUUAUUUUUAAAGCUCUGUCUAUUAUAUCAGCUAAGUUUACAAUACACUUACCAAGUAAUUGCUGAGACAACUGAAUGUGGCAACAUUGCUGCCCAGAGCAAAAACUAAAGUAAAAAAACAACAACUGUAUUUUCCCUCUUACUGCAUGAGCAUUAAAGUAAGUACAUACCUUAAGUGUGCUUAGUGUUGGAGAGGAUCUAGAGAAGUGAAACGCUGCCUUAAAAGUGCACCGUCUUCAUUAAAUAUGCAUUUUUAGAGAAAAUCCAAGUGGCAAAAAGAAAUGGAUGGUAAUUUCCGUAAAACCAAAUAAUUAGCUCAGAAGGAAGACUAAAAGAACAGGAACUAAAACCUUACUGUAAGUACAAAAAGAUGACGAUGCAGCAACUUAAACAAAUCUGUCUGUGCAUUACGAGGGAUACAAGGACCGUUGUAGGUUUUGAAAGAGAAUGGGGAUAGUCUGAGAAAAAUCUCAGAAUUCCCAAGAUUAAAGUCGUACACUUCUGAGAAAAACAUAUUAUUAGAACUAUUCAAGCUUUUCUCCUCGUAAAUUUGUGAUUUAAAUCUUAGAACUUUUUUUUUUUUUUUUUCUCUCUCCAAUUUUCCACUUUAUUCUCAGAAUUUCCAAGAUUUCUUUCUCAGCAUACCCCCUCUAGUCUUGACACCACCACCGUCCAUCUACACCUCUUGUGUAUGUUGCUCUGGAUGUUUACAGCUGAGAGGCUGGAGAGUUUUCACUGACUUGAGUUGCUGCUGGGGUCUGAGUUUUGGACGGCACAUUGGGCUCCAUGAAGCAUUGACUGAGAACACACAGUGCGGAUAUGUUGAGAUGAAUCCCACUCCAUGGACCUUGGUUGUCAGGAAUGUGUACUCUUCAUACUUAAGCCUCAGUUUUGCACAACGGUGUCAACUACUUCCUGCUUUUCCUUCUGACUACUUAGUUAUUUACAUGUUCGUCUUUAGAAAACUAGUUUGACUGCAUAUAAUGCUGUGUUGCCCGUGAUUCGUUUUUUUAAAGGGGGUUAUUGGUGUAUUAAUUAUGCAUAAAAACGCCUUCUAUCAUAGCUAUGCUUGUACAUACUGAUCAGUUUAUGAAGUAUUACUUCCAUUUGUAUCAAAACACAUCCACUUUGUCAGGUUUGGAUCAGUGGUGUUAAUCAGGCCAACGUUGAUGUAAUGUUUCCCCUUUUUUGUUUUGUGAUCGUUUCCCGUCAAGUUUGCCUUUAAUUUCCUUCAGACCUUUUGAUGCCUUUGCUGCAUUUUUAUACUUUUAUUUUUUUAAAUUUAAAGUAAAAAGUUGAAUGCACACUGCCUGCAGAACUAUGACAUGAGAAACAAUUGGAAUAAAAAAAAACCCACCACAUGUGAUUAUAUUGCCAGCGCAUAACCCAGACCCAGAUUCCAGCCAGUGUUGAGAUUGACGGGCUUGUUUUUAAUUUGUCUGUUUCAUUUUUUAUAAACUGGACUUUGUGAAGAAGUCCUUUUUAAUUUGUACUGUCACCGUCUGUGAGAUUUGUUUUGUUGGACUACAGAUUCCACAAUCCCUGAGAUUGGAUUUUGGCAGAAGAUGUGGCUGAUUUUACACAGUUGCAAAAAAGAAAGGGAAGAAAACAUUUUUCUUUUUUUUGCUUCCACUAAUGUAUUUUUGAGAUUAGACAUUUUUUCUUGUGAAUAUGGGUGCUCAUGCCGUUGUUUAUUACUAUUUUUAAUGUACUUUUCACAUCUUAAAUUGUAAUAAAACCCAACAAUUGGAAAUCUUCACACAAUCUUUAAAAUCCUGACUAUUUGAUUGUUUUUGUUCUUAUUGUUUUUGUAUCUGUGUAAAUGCAGCCAAAGAGCAUUGUAGCACGUAUGUGAUGGAUACGGAUAUAUCUAACACAUUUAUAUUUACAUUACUACCCCACUAAUUCCAGUGUCUCUAAGAUGCUUUUGGGAAUGUUUUCAAAGCUGUCGGGCCAUUUAAAAUUCUGGGCUUUAUUGUACGCAUCUGGAUUUAUUUACACACACACAAAAUCUCUUCAUUUUGAUCUUUUCUUUUUCAAGCUAUGAAAUGUCACAAUGUUUGUGGUGCAGCUACAGUGCUGGGAGCAGCUGUAGCGACUAAUGAAGUGUCUUUUACUUUGUCCUUGUUUUGAGGCACGCGGGCUUCCAGUGUGUUUGUGGUGUGGUUGCUGUUUUAAAGUACAGAAUUCUCAACAUGAAGAGAUAUUGAUUUGCUGUUUUGAUCCAGGAAUGUGCUGUACAUAUCCAUUUAAUAAAGUCAUUUGUUUUGUUACAA